CGCCGAAGAAGCACACGCGCGUGGGGAUCGUUUUUUCAACAAGCGAACGCGUGCGAGCGUUUGUCGUUGUUGUGAAUAUUUUCGCCUUUGGCGCAUAAUUACUUGCCCCCAGGAAGGGGAGCUCCGUUCCGGCACGGGCCGGAAGUGCAGAAAGUUGACAGUGGCAUUAGAGUGCGGUGAAGUGUCUGGUGUAAUUGAUCGAUCGAUCAGGUGGCGCCUUAUUAUUGCUCGAGGCGAAAGCGCACAUCAAUUGUUUGAAGUGAAAUUGUUCUAAAUUGGAGUGAAAACGAAUGCAGUUCGCGUGAUAGUGAAUCAGCACCAGCAGUAGUUUUUUUUUUACCAGACAAACCUAGAGUGUCCAGGCCUGAUGCUGCAACGACGAAAUCAGUGGCAAAAGUGCAUACAAUAAAACGUACAAUAAAAUAAAUUGUAGCAGCUUAAUCGUCGAACAGCCGUCAAAACGUGGAGUUGUUGAGAGGCAAGAAAAUCACUUAAUUGGCAGCAAGCGAGCAUAUCAUCCUCGGAAGGCGCCUUCUUCGGAAUCAAACAGAAUGCGACUGAAAAGUAACGAUUUAGCGUUAUCGCUACUGUUACAGCUCAUCUACAGAUGCAGCGUUGUGCUGGGGCAUGGCCGGCUGAUGGAGCCACCGGCUCGAAAUGCGAUGUGGCGUUUCGGGUUUCCAAACCCUGUAAACUACAACGAUAACGAACUCUUCUGCGGUGGGUACGCCGUCCAGUGGGAACAGAACCAGGGGAACUGUGGCGUGUGCGGGGAUGCAUACAACCUGAGAAUUCCCCGGCCGCACGAGGCAGGGGGUGAAUACGGGAAGGGUAUAAUCUCUAGACGGUACUUCGCGGGCCAGGAGAUUGACGUGGAGAUCGAACUGACGGCCAACCACAUGGGACGAUUCGAGCUGUUCUUGUGCCCGAACAACAAUCCGUACUACGAGGCUACCCAGGAAUGCUUCGAUCGUUAUCCGCUGUUUCUGACCGGUACGAAUGAGGUGCGUUACACGAUACCACCUGAGGCGGGGAAGAAGGAAAUCUUCCGGUAUCGGGUGAAGUUGCCGCGCUUCGUCACCUGUACGCAGUGUGUCCUACAGUGGACGUAUUAUACCGGCAAUAUGUGGGGUCGGUGCGACAACGGAACGGAAGCUGUUGGAUGUGGGAAACCGGAAACGUUUAGAAAUUGUGCUGACAUCAGUAUAGUAUCGAUUACGGGCGGUAUACCGCCGUUAUUCGUGGAGAGCAAAAAUCCCUUCUUGUUGUACUACAGGGACUAUCGGGCACCGGAGUCGGACAAUGUGUUCCCGCUUAUUAUUCGGGAUCAAGUAUGCCUGCCGACGAAGGCCUACCGGCGAUUUAUCGGAAUGGACGACUGGUGUCAGAACAACUGCCUGCGUUAUCCGCCAAACUGUCCGGAAACGGUUUGUCACUGCCCACAAACCUGCGAUGCGAUUGGUGAAUUGGAGGGACGCGAUGGAGCCGAUGUGUACUGCAUGGACGCGUGUCUGACCUACAAGUCCAAGUGUCCAACGAACCGGUGUCAUUGUUACUAACCCACGGCGUCUCGGGACAUUUGUAGUAGGAAACGAAAAUAAAUAUUAUAACAACCCGAGGUGGAAGUGGUAGAUAGAUAAACGUGAAGCGGACAGGGGGAUGGAAGAGGGAUAGCAAUUUGUUCAACGUGUAACAGAAAAAAAUACUUGCCGAAAUACGAUAAAAUAGACCAGUCAGUGAUGAGUUCUUUCUUGGAAAGGAAAUUUGAUUUGGCCACUGCCAGCAACUGUACAUUAUGACAAGCUGAAGCAGUAGAUUUAGGUUUCUUCAGCCGUUUUGUGGAACCUUAAUUCUUUUUGUUUACUGUUUGUGCUUUGUAGCCGGUUAUUUUCUAGUUUUGCUCAAAUAAAGUGUGUACAAAUUAGA